AUGUGCGACCAAAUAAACCCUGAGCUUGAAUUACUAAGUAACAUUAGAAAGAAUGCCAAGUAUAGUUAUCUCUUUAAGAUCAGAAAGAAUCUCAAGUAUAGUUAUCUCUUUAAGAUCAGAAAGAAUCUCAAGUAUAGUGAUCUCUUUCAGAUCAGAAAGAAUCUCAAGUAUAGUGAUCUCUUUCAGAUCAGAAAGAAUCUCAAGUAUAGUGAUCUCUUUCAGAUCAGAAAGAAUGUCAAGUAUUGUGAUCUCUUUAACAUCAGAAAGAAUGUCAAGUGUUGUGAUCUCUUUCAGAUCAGAAAGAAUGUCAAGUAUAGUGAUCUCUUUCAGAUCAGAAAGAAUCUCAAGUAUAGUGAUCUCUUUCAUAUCAGAAAGAAUCUCAAGUAUAGUGAUCUCUUUCAGAUCAGAAAGAAUCUCAAGUAUAGUGAUCUCUUUCAGAUCAGAAAGAAUCUCAAGUAUUGUGAUCUCUUUCAGAUCAGAAAGAAUCUCAAGUAUAGUGAUCUCUUUCAGUUCAGAAAAAUCUCAAGUAUAGUGAUCUCUUUCAGAUCAGAAAGAAUGUCAAGUAUUGUGAUCUCUUUCAGAUCAGAAAGAAUCUCAAGUAUAGUGAUCUCUUUCAGAUCAGAAAGAAUCACAAGUAUAGUGAUCUCUUCCAGAUCAGAAAGAACCUCAAGUAUAAUCAGAAAGAAUGUCAAGUAUUGUGAUCUCUUCCAGAUCAGAAAGAAUCUCAAGUAUAGUGAUCUCUUUCAGUUCAGAAAAAAUCUCAAGUAUAGUGAUCUCUUUCAGAUCAGAAAGAAUCUCAACUAUAGUGAUCUCUUUAAGAUCAGAAAGAAUGUCAAGUAUUGUGAUCUCUUUAACAUCAGAAAGAAUGUCAAGUAUAGUGAUCUCUUCCAGAUCAGAAAGAAUGUCAAUUAUAGUGAUCUCUUUCAGUUCAGAAAAAAUCUCAAGUAUAGUGAUCUCUUUCAGAUCAGAAAGAAUGUCAAGUAUAGUUAUCUCUUUCAGAUCAGAAAGAAUGUCAAGUAUUGUGAUCUCUUUCAGAUCAGAAAGAAUCUCAAGUAUAGUGAUCUCUUUCAGAUCAGAAAGAAUCUCAAGUAUAGUGAUCUCUUUAAGAUCAGAAAGAAUGUCAAGUAUUGUGAUCUCUUUCAGAUCAGAAAGAAUCUCAAGUAUAGUGAUCUCUUUAAGAUCAGAAAGAAUGUCAAGUAUUGUGAUCUCUUUAACAUCAGAAAGAAUGUCAAGUAUAGUGAUCUCUUUCAGAUCAGAGAAAAUGUCAAGUAUAGUGAUCUCUUUCAGAUCAGAAAGAAUGUCAAGUAUUGUGAUCUCUUUCAGAUCAGAGAGAAUGUCAAGUAUAGUGAUCUCUUUCAGAUCAGAAAGAAUGUCAAGUAUAGUUAUCUCUUUCAGAUCAGAAAGAAUGUCAAGUAUUGUGAUCUCUUUCAGAUCAGAAAGAAUCUCAAGUAUAGUGAUCUCUUUAAGAUCAGGAAAGAAUGUCAAGUUAUUGUGAACUCUUUAACUCAGAAAAAGAAUGUGGAAUCGAAAGAUCUCAAGUAUAGUGAUCUCUUUCAGAUCAGAAAGAAUGUCAAUAUAGUGUCCUCUUCCAGAUCAGAAAGAUGUCAUUAUAGUGACUCUUUCAGAUAG